GUUCUCCUGGGCGGGGUUUUGAUGUGUAACAAGAAUAUUAUCUGUCUUAUUUGAAAAAUAUUUGUUGGACGUUUGAUUCGAAUGAGCGAAACUAUCAGUUCUGUUGCAGUCAUGGCCAAACGCAGAAUAACACAGGAGACUUUUGAUGCAGUGGUCAGAGAAAACAUUGAGGAGUUUGACAUGGAGGGAAAUGAAGCAUUGGUGGAGGCCAUCGAACAGUUUGAGUCUCAAUGUGUGGACCUCAGCAACAUUGUGAAGGAAGUGCCAAAAGUUUCUUUGGAAGAAAACACGCAAGACCAAACUCACGAGGUUCUUCAGGCUUUAGAGUCACUUAAAUCUGCAGUGGCGUCAUCGUCUGCAUCUGUGCCGGAGGAUCUGCGAGUGUUCACGGAGCAGUGCUCGCUGGACUUCGCUCGGAGAUACCUGGCGGCUCAAAAUGACGCGUAUCCCACGAUCCUCACCUGCUGCCAGAGAGCCGGAGAGGAGAAGGAGGCGCUCUCCGUUGCGCUUGUCGCUCUCUCCGCGCUAACAGACGGCCAGCCGGACCUCCUGGAUGUGGAAGGACGAGAGUUUUUGAUCAGAGCUUUAACGGCGCACCAGUCGGACCCCGCUCUCACCUGCCAGUGCAUCCGUAUAAUUCGACACUUCUGUCUGAAACAUGAGAAUAACAGGCAGGCUUUUGUGAAGGCAGGUGCUUUGGCACUGCUCACCGGGAGCGUCACACGCCACACCGAACAUCCCGAGGUCGUGAGGGAGGCCUGUCUCACGCUGAGGGUCAUGACCUUCGACGAUGACGUGCGUGUGCCUUUUGGACAAGCCCAUGAACAUGCUAAGAUGAUUGUGUUGGAGCAGAACGGCCUGAAAGUAAUUACUGAAGCUGCUAAAGCUCACCCAGAGAACACGGCAGUGCUCAGUGAACUCUGUGCCACCCUCUCUCGUCUCGCUGUGAGAAAUGAGUUCUGUCAGGACAUCGUAGAGCUCGGAGGCUUGAAAUUCAUGAUAAAACUCCUGGCUGACAGUUUAGAUUGUCAGGAACUUGUGAAGCAGGUGCUCAAUGCAUUGAAGGCCAUCGCAGGAAAUGACGAUGUCAAAGAUGCCAUUGUGAAUACGGGCGGGGCAGAACUGAUUGUCAUAGCGAUGAACCGUCACAUGGCCAAUGCACAGGUGUGCGAACAGGGUUGUGCAGCGCUAUGUAUGCUAGCUCUACGUAAACCCACUAACUGUACAGUCAUCAUGGAGAGUGGCGGAGCGCUGGCGACACUGCAGGCCAUGAAGAAUCAUCCAGCUGAUGUCAAUGUACAGAGGCAGUCGUGCAUGCUGUUGAGGAACCUGGUCGCCCACACACGUGACUUCACUCAGCCGAUACUGGAAAUGGGAGCGGAAGCGCUGAUAUCCCAGGCCCUGGCUGCUCACAGGGACUGUGGCGAUGUGGGACAGGCCGCUCUACGAGACCUCGGCUGCCAUGUUGAACUGCGGGAACUCUGGACAGGCAAGAAGGGAAGCCUGAGUCACUGAAUGAACUUUGAUGCCAAAUUUCUGCUUCAUUCAAUCGUUCACUAUUGAAUCAUAACAGCGGAGGUCAUGCUGAACGUAUGCAAUUAAACAUCCUUUUUAGCGGUAUUGAAGUGCAUCUGCUGUCUGACUUUUAAGUUAGUGUAAAUAUAUUUAUUUAUUUAUUUAUAGUGAAAGUUUUGUUGCCUCUAUUUAUGGUUAUUAGAGUUAGUCCAAUUGUCUCUACAACAGAAAUGAAACUGUUGGAAUAUCUGGUUUUGGGAGAAUCAAGGGUACUUAAUUUAAUACUCGAUUUAAUUCACUCCACUAAAUAAAUGUGACCAAUAUUGUUUUUUGGGGAUUUCAUGUCAACUUUAAACUAUAUAGUUGUUCUAUAUUUAUGUGUUAUUACAGCGGUUUCCAGAAUGCUUCAUUCUGAUUGGUCAGUGGCGCCAUCUAGCGGUCUCAUAUUUCUACAUUUAUUAAUUUGGCAGACGCUUUAAUCCAUAGAGGAAUAAUACAUCAUAAGUGACUCAUCUUAAGGAGAACGAAGUACGAAAAGUGCUGCAUUUGAAAGUUUCAAUUGCAUCAGAAAAAUACUAUCCAAGACAAUAUACGGAUAAUGAUAUUUUAUACUAGUAAAAAUACAAUUGUAGAGCUCGCUAAUGACAUUUCUACUAUUAAGAAUGUAAUUGCAGAGCUCUGUGCAAUUAACUAUAUAUUUAAUUCUAUUUUUCACUAGUUAAAAUUCAGUUAUAGAGCUCUUUAAUUGGAAUUUUUACUAGUAAAUAUAUAAUUAUAGAGUUCUGUAAAUGAAUGGGAGUCAAUGGAAACAUAUGACAAGUAAAAAUGCAAUUUUAGAGCUCUCUAAGUGGAAUUCUUACUAGUAAUAUUUGUAUUAUACAGCUCUUUAAUUUGAAUGCAAUUAUGAUGAGUAACCCUGGGAACAUUAAAAGAUAAUUUGGCCUUCCAUACACUUCUUGUAUCACUCUGCAAUCUAA